AUGACAUGCAAACGGACAUUUGAUGUCAUCGUACUUGGUGCUGGUGCCGCUGGUUGUGCUGCCGGUCGUGCUAUAGCACUUCAAAAUCCCGGGGCAAAUGUUUGCAUUGUGGAACAAGGUUCGUCGAGGGCUCCGCCAAUUGUGAUGCGGGUGCCUUUAUUUUAUCCGUUUAUCUCUUCUGUGAGAAGUACUCGGGAGUUUCUCAGGUCUUACCGUGGCGUAUCUGAGAGUUGUAUCGGUGGCCGAAAAUUACUUUAUGUUAAGGGCUGUUGCCUCGGGGGGAGCAGCUGGUGCAAUGACAUGAGGUAUCUCCGAGGCAGUAAUGAUGAUUAUGCGUCUUGGAAAGACAAUGACUGGACGAUGGAUAGUGUGCUUCCCAUCUUUAAGGCCCUUGAGCGAAAUUUGAGAGAUGGUAGUGACGUUUACCAUGGUGAUAGUGGCCCUCUGUUAGUCACUGAUCCUCCUCCGGCAAGUGUUUCUUCAGAGCUUAAUGUUCGCUGGUUUGAGUCAUGUGAAUCUCUUGGCAUUCCACAGACGGAUGAGUUCAACAAUGGUUCACCUGAUGGUUUCUCGGUUUUCCAAUCACACGUUGGAAAGGGUGUUCGUGUUGAUGUGUUCGAUUGUUUGCUUGAAGCGGAACGACACCUUCUACCAAAUGUUACGGUGAUGAGCAGAACGCGGGCACAUCGCAUUGUUUUUGACGGAAAGCGAGCCACAGGUGUUGAGGUAGUGGAAGGUGAUCAGUCAACCGUUCUCUCGGCUCCCCGCUUGGUCGUGUGUCUGGGUUCGAUUGAGUCUCCAGCGCUGCUGCUUCGGAGUGGUGUAGGCCCUCAGGGAACUGUGGCGGAUUUGCAGGGGGUAGGGCAGAAUCUCAUACAAUCUUGUUGCGCAACUGUUGUUUUCCGUGUAACCGAUGGUUCUAACCUGCGUAGUAAGUCAUUAAGUUGGGGGAACAGUGGCUACCUUUUAAGUCAAUGGAGAGAGUACAACGAGGAUCGAAGCGGUAUAUUCGCUUCAUUGUGUGAGGCGGGUGCCUUUGUACGGUCUACCCCUGAACUAGCCCAUCCCGACCUUUCUUUAACUUUUUACCCGACACCCAACGUUAGGUGGUGUGGCUGGCGGCCGUUCACUGGAUUUGCCGUUCGUGUUGCACAUCACUAUCCUGAGGCGCGUGGUGAGUUGACUCUCUCAAAUGAUGGGGCCAACUGCGUUUCGACAACUAACGGUGAAAACAUACGGAUCACCAGUCGCAUGCUCUCCACACGACAUGAUGUGCAGUGUAUGGAUGAGGGUUUGCGGUGGGUAGGUUCACUCUGUGGCCCUGGUGGUGACAGGUAUAAUGAUCGUUCCCCCUUUGCUUCACUCGAUGUGAGGUUGCAUCACCCGGCUGACGGGCUUGCCACGCAGAGGAGCUGCGCCGCGUUUUUGGCGCGGUACGCAGAGAGCACCGGGGACCUCUUCGGCACAUGCGCUCUUGGAAGCGUUGUGGACAGUAGUUUGCGUGUGCGUGGUGUGGAGGGUAUCUAUGUGGCUGACGCCAGCGUUGUGCCUGCGCCGACUUGCGGUUCCAGCAGUGUGAUUGGUGCGGCCAUUGGUUUCAGGGUAGCAUCGUUUUUACAAGACCCCGUUGGGUAG